AUGUUUCGCGCAUCGCCAAUGUUCCCGCAGACGGCAUACCACAUCAAGCUCCUCGAAUUUUAUGAGGAGCUGUUUAUGACAGGCCUUCUUGCAAACGAAGCAUUCGCCAAAGCAUGCGCUAAAUUGGACAUGUACAAGAAUGUCGAACGACUUCGAAUCACUUCUGCAAAUGUUUUUUUUGCGUAUCUCGAGGUGCUCACAAAAGCAGAGGAGUUAUCCGUUGCAGAGCACCAGCACACCAUCCAGGCUUACAAUGAUGACGCUUGCCCGGCAUGUCCCAAGGUCGGCUAUACCAUCUGCGAUUUUAUACAUUACAUAAUUAUAAUAGAAGUCAUAUCUAAGCAAACAUGCUGGCCUGUUGAACUGGAUAUGAGACUAACCUUCUUGUUAUUUGCAUUAUCAAGUGCAGAUGCCAAGUCAGCACUUAUGCCAAACCCAACGAUGCAUCUUCGAAAGAUCACAAGAGAACUUUCCGGGUUGGGUGGGAAUGUUGCUGUUGGCGUCUUCCACGCCUAUGCCCAUUCUAUGGACUGUCAGGUGCAAUACAAUCCCAGAUUGAAUGAAGGGUUUGGCCUGACAGACGGUGAAGGAAUGGAACGACUCUGCAUUUUAAGAACGAGCACCUUCUUUUCCUUGCCGCAACUACUUGUGCAACGAAAAAAGCGAGCAAUUUCCAUGCAAGAAAAAGCCGGUAAAUUUCUGAGUACGGAGUGUCCUUGGCUGACUGAUGAACAGCUGAAACAGCAAUGGCAGUCGUACUGUAACAUCAUCCAACAAAAGCUGAAGCCUGCUGACCAAGUGAGCCCAGAUGCUUGCAAGGUCAAGUACAUCGAGGAGCUCAUGGUUUUAUAUGCCAUUGAUGCUGGUGCAUAUAAGGGCAGAAUCACCAGACGAAUCGCCGAAGCUAAUGUGUUGCACUGGGAACGCCAACUCGUAGAGAUGAACAUUCUCACAGUUGGAGAACGAUGGAAGGAAAACGAUAUGCCAUUCAAAAAAGCCAUGAAGUUGAAGUGGUCAAAUGACUACAAAAUAAACAGGCUGAAACUGCAUUCCCUUGUGGCUGGUCGUGCGCUUUUGCAGACGCAGUUGCACAGAAACGGGAAGAAAGGGCACAAACUUGCUAAAAAGCUCGAGGACGCAGUUAAAAAUAUCAAGAAAAAAGCGUUACCUCUGAUAAAAAACUUAAACGAACUUUCCCUUCUAAUCAAUGAAGGAGAAAUCGAACUGCUUGUCCCCGCAUUUGUUCAAACAUACGAUGUUCUGAUCAACUUGCGGAAUACGUUUUGGCAAGAAGAAGGCUCGGAUGUUCCUUUCCUGGUACUUAGGGAGUAUCACAACAAGAAACGUGCAAUAGAAGAACUGUGCAUGCUUGAAGCUGAGGCAAGACGACUUGUUGCAUACAUUACUGCAAAGGUUUCCACGUUUAAAAGAAUGAUGGAUGAUUCCAAUGGUCGUUUGGGCUGCAAAGUGAUUUUGAAAUGGCAGCUCCACUUCUAUGAAGCGAUCGAAAAAGCAGCUCGCAAACAGCAUCUUUUGCGUGAUCUUUUUGAUGCCAAUGAUGCCAGCUCGUCCAAUACAACACCUGAUACUCAGGAUGAAAAUGUAUUGGAUGAGGACUAUGAUGAAGAGCUCCAUUUCAACGCGCCAUCAUACGAAGAGAUCGAGCUCUCUGCCAAUGACACGAAGAAGAAGAAGAAGUUAACAUUGAUGCUUUUUAUAUUUAGCUAUGGCGAAAAAUGA